AUGCGCCGGCAAUACCAUGUGGAGAUGCCCACUCCCCUGCACAUCAGCGGUCUGGCUUGUGGGAGUGCGUGCAUGCGUGCGUUGGGUGUACCCAUGGCCAGUGCCGGACGAGAGAUCUCCAGCAGAUCUCGGCGAGCAGACGACUGUGCUCGACAUCUGUGCCAGAAACCUUCAGGGACCUCGACGCCCAGGACUUACCCGCCCGCUGCGUCGGCGCAUCUAACCGUGCAAUCUCUCCACGCGAAGGUCGAGGCCAGCGGUUCCUCGACCUGGUUGACGCAGGCCUGCACCAGAGAGCCUCAGUCCACGUCCGACACCGAAAUGUCAGGUGCCAUUCGCCCUUGUGUAGGAGGCGAGGGCAGCCAAUAG